AUGAAAUUAGACACCGACAACUCUGGGGCCAUCGACAAGGAGGAAUUUCUGUCGAUUCCGGGAAUUGGACAGAAUCCGUUGGCCAAACGCGUGAUAGACAUCUUUGACACCAACAGAGGAGGCGACAUCGACUUCAAGGAGUUUGUGGCCGGGCUGUCGAUCUUUUCUAGCGGGUCCGUCGACGAUAAGCUCAGGUUCCUGUUUCGGGUGUACGACAUGGACAACGAUGGGUACAUUUCGAACGGCGAGCUAUUCCUGGUGCUGCGCAUGAUGGUGGCGAACUCGCUGAGCGACGUGCAGUUGCAACAGCUUGUCGACCGCACCAUUAUGGAAAACGACGAGGACGGAGACGACAGACUCAAUUUCGAAGAGUUCAAGAGAACCAUCGCACACACCGACGUGGCCAGCAAGCUCUCGCUCGAGGACAAGAUUUGA